CAACGUACUGGGAUACUAACAAGAAUAAUUGUGUAUCUUGCAUAAACAGAUUUCCUUGGCCAGAAGCAGGUAAAGGAUUUACAGCAAAUUGUGGUCUCAGCGAUGAUGAAGGACGGCAUGUGAACGAGUAUGAAGAUUGCAGUAGCGGAACCUACAACAAUGGCAGUUUCCUGAGCUGUCAAAAGUGUUCACCAUGUUCCUUAGUCGUGGUUCGCUGUACUCCAAUUGCAGACACUCAAUGCUAUGUGAAGCAUACCACUGCAACAUACAAGGAUGACUCCACACCUAUGCAGGUGAUGACCCACGACUUCGGCAAAUGGAUCAUCAUCCCCAUAAUUCUGGUCGCUUUGUUUCUGUUUUACAUUAUAAGGCGGCGGAUCAUCACAAACAGAGAGAUGAAAAACCACAGCAAGUCCCAAUGUAGCUUCACAACAGCAACAGACACUCAACUUGGCACCCUGGCAAGUGUUGAUAACAUCAUUGCACCUGAACUGCAGAUGGUGCCAUUACAACUUCUGCUGGAUAACAUGGAUGUGCUGGAGGACCUGCUAAUCUUGCUGGAUCCAGACUGCAGUGGAUUGAAGAACACUCGUCACCUGGCUUCCCGCUGCCAUUUCUCAUCUACCUGGAUUAAUUAUGCUUAUUCCAAGAGAGACAGCAAGAGCCCUCUAGUUGCUGUGCUGGAGGCAAUUGCUGCCCGGUCUCCUGAGUGGACUGUGGGUCAACUGGCAUGGCUUCUUCACGAUAUUGACCGUCAUGAUGCUGUCAAUGUCCUGAAGAAAUUCAGUCAACCCCAGAAAGUUUAAGUACAUAAGAAACAUACUUGUAAAAUUCAUUAACAUUUAUUAAUUUAGCAGACGCUUUUAUCCGAAUCAGCUUAUGUCAAUUAUAUUACAAGGGUCCCUGGAGCAACUCUGAGUUAAGAACCUUGCUCAAGGCCCAAUGGUGGAAGGCGGGAAUACUUCAGAAAUACUGCUGUAAAAUGGUUCACUUCUCACUGGAAGAACUCAAGUUUGUGAUGUUGAGGGCACCAUAUCAGAUCCUCAGAAUAAUACAUGUGGGGUGCCAAGGUUCCAUCCAGGGCCCCCUUCUAUUUUUUUAUGUUAAUGACAUGCCUGCUGCUGUAAAAUGUAAAGUAAGCUUCUUUUAUAUGCUGAUGACUGCAUUACUGGUCUCUGGGAGCGAUAUCAGUUAGAUUGAGAAGACUAUUGGUAAUGAACUAGAUGGAUUUAGCAAGUGGCUUCUGAACAAGCUCUCAAUAUGUAAGGGAUAAUGUAUAGAACACGUCAUUAUUGGGAAAAUAAGUCCCGACAGGGCGAA